AUGGCGGUUAACGAGAUAUACCAAUAUUCAAUCAUCUCGGCGCUCAUGGACGGCAUUGCCUCCACGGGGCUGCCGGUGUCGAAGCUCAUGUCUCACGGGAACCACGGCCUUGGCACAUUUCGGUACAUGUUUGGCGAGAUGAUCAUCCUGGACGACAAGCUGUAUCAGAUGAAGUCGGACGGCACGGUCAGCGAAGUCGACAUCAGCCCCUCAAGCGAUGCCGUCUCGCCCUUCGCCAUGAUCACCCGUUUUCAGCCGACUACAACGAUCAAGGCGAGCUUCGACGACAAGAAGGGGCUUUUCGAGCACCUAUCUCACGACUUCCCCGACUCACAAAACUUCUUCCUGGCCAUCAGGAUCGACGGUGUCUUCAAGGGCGUCACGGUGCGCACGGCGGGAGGACAGAAGACGCCGGGGGAGAGCAUGCUGGAGGUCGGGAAGAACCAGGCAUCGCACACGUUCAGCGAACCCGUGCGCGGGACCGUCAUCGGCUUCAGGUCGCCAAAAUACACGCAGGGCAUCAGCGUUGCGGGCGACCAUUUGCAUUUCAUCACGGAGGACCGGACUCAGGGUGGACAUAUCCUGUCCUUGGGGACGGAUGGCGAGGUUCAGAUUAGCGCCGCGCAGAUUUCCGAGUGGCGUGUCGAACUGCCCACUAAUGACCCGGAGUUCAACAAGGCAAAGUUGGAGAGCGACUUUGAAGGCAUUGCCAAGGUGGAGGGCUAG